AUGGCCGUCCCGGCGCCAGUCGCCCCCUCGGGCUCCCGCUGUGCUCCGCUGGCCGCGGGCCUCCGGCUGUUCCCACUGCUGGGGCUGCUGCAGCUGCUGGCCCAGCCCGGCCUGGGCCGUGUCCACCACCUGGCGCUCAAGCUGAGGAUUUGGGUAUUCUUCAAUUUUUGUCUUCUUCACUUUCAGUUUUUCUUUAACAUCAGCACCGAUGACCAAGAAGGCCUCUACAGUCUUUAUUUCCAUAAAUGCUCUGGGAAUGAAGUGCCGUCUGGCGACAAGUUUUCCUUCAGCCUGGAUAUUGAGAUCACAGAGAAGAACCCUGACAGCUACCUGUCCGCAGGAGAGAUCCCUCUCCCUAAAUUAUACAUUUCUAUGGCCUUUUUCUUUUUCCUUUCUGGGACCAUCUGGAUUCACAUCCUUCGAAAACGACAGAAUGACGUAUUUAAAAUUCACUGGUUGAUGGCGGCCCUUCCUUUCACGAAGUCUCUUUCCUUGGUGUUCCACGCAAUUGACUACCACUACAUCUCCUCCCAGGGCUUUCCGAUCGAGGGUUGGGCUGUCGUGUAUUACAUCACUCACCUCUUGAAAGGGGCACUCCUGUUCAUCACCAUCGCGCUCAUCGGCACCGGCUGGGCUUUCAUUAAGCACAUCCUUUCCGAUAAAGACAAAAAGAUCUUCAUGAUUGUCAUCCCACUCCAGGUUCUGGCAAACGUGGCCUACAUCAUCAUAGAGUCCACCGAGGAGGGGACUACAGAGUAUGGCUUAUGGAAGGAUUCUCUGUUUCUGGUAGACCUGCUGUGCUGUGGAGCCAUCCUCUUCCCAGUGGUGUGGUCAAUCAGGCAUUUACAGGAAGCAUCAGCAACAGAUGGAAAAGCUGCUAUUAACUUAGCAAAGCUGAAACUUUUCAGACACUAUUACGUCUUGAUCGUGUGUUACAUAUACUUCACCAGGAUCAUUGCGUUUCUCCUCAAACUUGCCGUUCCGUUCCAGUGGAAGUGGCUCUACCAGCUCCUGGAUGAAAUGGCCACGCUGGUAUUCUUUGUUCUAACGGGCUGUAAAUUCCGUCCGGCUUCAGAUAACCCCUACCUACAACUUUCUCAGGAGGAUGACCUGGAAAUGGAAUCAGUAGUGACGACAUCAGGGGUGAUGGAGAACAUGAAGAAAGUCAAGAAGGUGACCAACGGCUCGGUGGAGCCCCAGGGCGAUUGGGAAGGCACCGCGUGAUGGAGCAGCCUUGAGCUGGGACUGUCGAAGAGAACCUCUAACUUAUUAAUCGUCCUAGUGGUGAGCAGGGGCAAUUAGCGCCUCCCAACAGUGACACCGCAGAGCGCGCGGCUGGGAACAAAGUGCCACGGAAACCUAAUUUUUUACUCUCUUAUGGAAACUGGAUCUGUGGCUGGUUAUGGGCAGCUAGAAUUCUCCUUCAGGUGGGAAUGGUGGGGAGGGAGUGUAGACAGGAGGAUAAAAGGAAGACAUUGUUUGUAAGUUAUAUUUCUUUCUUUUUUUUAAUUGGGAACUCUCAAGACAUAAGCAGUUGUGCCCCCAAGUGCGUGGCAGCAGGGUGGGGAGUGUCGGUGGACAGGGAGGGAGGGCGGCGGCGCGAGGCUGGGGCCAGUCACGGCUCGGGAAUGGGGCCGCAGGAAACGAGCAGGGGCUGAGGGAGGAUACAGGGACUUAGAAGGGAAAGGAAACUUAUCGUGGUGUCUUUGGGGGACAAAAAUGGAUGAAAUUAGGUUAUUUUAGAAAGCAGUGUCAAAAUCCAGUUUAGUAUAUGGAGCCUGCCGCAGGGUUCCUGGCCCUGAAUGUUGCCCCAGACCUUGACCCCGGAUUCUGAAAGUGACCAGGAACCAGCAGCUCUAGAGGCCCGGCCGUCUUCUUCCCAAAAGGGCUCUGUCAUCUGGAGGCUGAAUGGCCCUGUCAGAGUCAAUGGCUCUGGAACCGUAGUGGAAAGUGCUUUUCUUGAUUGAAGCAUAUUUGGUGUUGUCUGAUGGAUGGAUAGAAAUGUAUGGUUAAGCUCAGAAAGUGUUGUCCAGUAGGAUUUCCUUGAACAUCUGGCUCCUCUGACUGCCCAGAGCAGGACCACCUCUUUUCCUUCUCUCGUUGUGGCUGUGUUUGUUUUGUGUAAUCACAGUAACAGGGAGAAACGGGAAGGAAUGUCUCUUAAAGGAGCAGCUGGGGGCAGAAAAGGUAGCGUUUAAGCAGAUAUUUAAGUACAAGCAGAUCGUCAUCAUUAGAAAGUUUUUUGUAUAAACCAGGUAGGCUUUCUGGCAGGAAUGAAACACCUCGUCCCUGUCUCCCAGGGGCAUGCAUGCUAAGAUUAGAACAGGUGUGGUUGAACAGAGCUUUACUCUCAGGGACUGGGGAUGGCGAGCUCUUUCUCAGAGACUCAGCAGAGGGCCCUUCCAAACUUCCGGAGCCUGGAGAUGGGCACGGGUAGUCGCCUCAAGUGGUGCAGCUGGUAGCUCAGUCAUUUGGAUGAUGGGACGCUCAGAAGGUCCACUGUGGCCCAGGCGAGGAGGUGGGCAGAAAUCUCCCCACCAGGCUUAUGGCAGCCGGGGCCUGAGACCGGAGGCUGAACUGUGGGCUCUUCGGGAACGCUUGCUGGCGGUGCCGGGAGCCCACACCUGCCUGGGUCUGGGGAGGGGGGCGGGCAGCUGUCUCCGGAGGUGGUUUUCUCCCCCCCCCACACCCCCCUCGGCUUAGAAGCGUCCUUCAGGAACUGCAGGAUUCGGGGGCGGUGCUCAGCACCCCAGGUUUGGGCACCUGAAGAGUCUGUCCUCAGUUGUCCCUCUCCUGUGCUGUUCUCUCUCCCGGACGAAGGGAGCGGAAAAGCCUUCUCUUCACGCACUUUCUUGAGUCCUCGGUGCUGUCUGCGGCCCUUCCUGCACAGAGGCUCGGUCCUGGCUAGGCGUGGGGUGUGAGCCGGCGUCUUCUGUCUUCUGAGGCUGCUGCUCGCCUCACCACAGAGUUGGGGGAAGAGGCCGUGUGUCUCCCCACUUUCAGGAGCAAGGAAAUUCGCCCUGAGUAUUUCUUUAAGGGACCUUUUCUUUUUCUGUCAUUCUUCCUUUCUUGUCUUUCUUUUUUCUUAAAUGGGGGCUACACAAUAGGAGAAGGAAGUUGCAGGGAGGACGAGAAUAUUAAGACUUUUUGUUUUCCUGGCGUAAACACAGUCCCAGUACUUCUGAAACGUGUCUCGUGCUGUGGUCAAACCCCCCUAGGUGCUUCCCUCAGAGGGACGCAUUUGCUGUUUGUCCUGCGAGCAGAUGUUCUUGACUAGGCCAUAAGACUUCUUGGCAAGACCCAGGGUGUGAUGAAACCUCUCCGCUCCCCCCCCCAAAAGGGUCCCUGCGGAGGUGUCCUUGAUUCACUUGCCGGAAGCCAGGGAGUGAAGGAGCUGGGGAGGAAGAGAACGUGUGGGGGCAGCUCCAACCUGACUGCCCUCCCCGAGCCUCUGCCUUCCUCUGGCAGAGCCCCGAGCCUCAGCAGCCUGGUGAGGCCGUUGAGCCAGAGCGCCGGGCCCCCGAUGCCACACGUGUGCCUCAGGACUCAGGCACAUGGUGGCUGAGACAGUCCCGACCCUUCUGAACGGGAAGGUGCAGGCCAGAUAAGGUCGUGAUUUAGGAAUAAAGACUAACAAGCAGGUCGUCUGCCCAAGUCCUGUAUUGUAAGUGGCAGAAGGUUUGAAGUGAGGCCCAGUGAUCAAGAAAAAUCAAAACCCCAGCCCCAGAUUGGGAAAACUGGUUUUCCCACGUUUGUACAAAUUGUUAGAGCUCUCCAUCCUGUUCUGUAAAAAUGCCUUCCCUUUGUCCAUCAUCUGGGAGCUGGGACUAGCACUCAGCUCUCCUCCCGAUAAAGAUGACCACUGGGGUCCAAAGCCAGAUAGUCCCACCAGUCCUUCCAGCAGCCCGGUCUUCACCACCACGUGGGGGCGUCGUGAGGCAGUGUUUCCGCUGCUAAGCCCGUCAGUAUUUCGGGGAUCGGCUGCGCAUCCUAGAGAGAUGGCAGGAUUUAUAGCUUUGCUUUGUGUUCCUGCUCCCUGUUUCUGCCCCCGCAUAGUCCCCGUGCUUCCUUUGGGAAAUCUGCUCUGGACUGCAAGGGCAGCCGGCUGUGGGACUUUAGGAAAUAAAGGAUCUGUACUAUUCCUGUAAUAAAGUUUGUGUAUUUUGCUAGAAAAUUACUAAGACAACAGGAACAAUCAUCGAUCUCUUAAUCCUGGCUUUUAACUCUAGCCAAAGACUCCAUCAGCCUAUUUCUUGGUUCCUUGAUGCUUUAAAAUUUCAGUAGCAGUGCAUUUGAACCUGCUGACUACAACUCUGGUGGAUUGGUGGCCCACUCUCCCGUCAGGAGGUGCUUACUCGAGUGUGAAAGUUGGUUUCCCAGAUCAUUGCCUGAGUCAGUUCAGUUUUCUUCCAAGAAACCACUUUGGAGUACAAUUUCCAGGUUUGGUCUCCCCUGGACAUAUCUGCGCAGCCACACAGCGCUGUCUCAUCGUGCUCUGCGUGCCUGUCGUGGUGAGCUUUCUGCUCCUGCAUUAUGAUCUCAUCGGGAUAUCUGCUCUCUCUUGUUCCACGACCUGCCCCCCUUCUUCUCCCCCUCCUUCCCCCUCCGCCGCCCCGUCCUCCUCCGCCCUCCUCUUCCUCCUCCCCCGCUCCUCCUCAGCCCACAGCUAUUGAUCGCACAAAGGCUCAGUCUGGGAGCAUGGGCUGGAGGCUUUGGUGCAUUGCAGCAUUGUAGCCGUGUGACACAUGUACUUUCUAAGCCAAGGAGAAUUUUAUCAAGAGCGUACAUGUUAAUGCUGCACAUUAUGCUUUGGACCUUUGCAGUAAAAUGUAUUCUUGUUUAGUACUUAAGAGUCUAUUACCAGGAGCCAGUCCUUAGGAACUAAGAAGAGUGUUAGAAGAUGCCUGUUUGAAUUGUGAGUGGCGUUGUGGCCAUCUCCCACAUCCUGAAGCAUCUUCUCCGAGGAAGGCUCUUAGAACAUUAGAUGGUCUGAUGAAGUGGUUGGCGCUGCUCCAUACACCCCAUGGAACAGUGGGACCGUUCGUGCUGAUAAGCUGCUGGAUUUCAAGGGACGCAGAUCCCAGCCCAUUUCCACACUCCAUACUCACCCCUUUGCUUUCCUCAGACUUACCCGCGGCCUUUUAACAGAUUAAGAAUGUGCUGAGUCCCCGAUGCCCAUGGCCUGCUACCUGUUUCUCCCGUUCAGGAUUCAGUAAAUGAGUAGCUUCCCCACUAAAGAAUUUAGGCUUUGACUUGGUACUUCUUGGUAUGUCAAGAAGGUAUUCAUCUGGAACAUACCGUGUGUUCCAAAGGAUUGCUCUUGACUCCAGGUUUCUCCAGGGUGUUUGGGGCAGGAAGUCUUUAAAAGAGACCCACCUGAGUUGAUGCUAAUACUUGUCCCACCUGGAGUAUGGUUAUCGAUCGGUGGACGGAACGUUCCAGGUUUCCCCGGGGGCUGCUCUGUAGCCUGUGACCCCUCUGGAUGGUUUACGCUUGACAGAUGUUUCUCGGUGGCUCUCUGUGAGGACAUGGGACAUGCACAUCGCCCGAGCUACUGUGUGAGGGAGGCAGCCCGGCCGAGAGAGGGACUAGGCGGUGUGGGAGCAAGGAUCUGGUCGUGUUGCCCAGGGACUGUUGGAAUUCUGGGGUCAGGAAGUCUGCAGGCAGGCCGUUUGGGAAGGAGGAGUUCUGGACAAAGUCAGUAAGGGUUGAAGUGAGACAGAAAAGCUCACUCACUUCCAAGACAGCUUAUUCUAGGGCAGGUUUUGUAGUCGACAGCCAAAUCACACAGGGGGGCCAGCAGGGCAGCCUUCUAGCAUUUAAGAUCCUUAUUACAAAAGGAUCCCCAAAUCCUGGCCACACAAGGGGGCGGUUCUUGGCGCCUUAAGCAGCUUUUCCCGACCAUAAAUUGGAUUUGCCUGGUCAUGUGACCUCAAAAGAAGUCAGACACAUCUAAUCCAAAAAAAUAAGUUUCGUUUGCGGGAGAAAAUGUCUGUAAAUAUCAUUUGCUUUCUAGGUUAGAUUGGGAUGCAGGAGUUUCAGUAUAUUUUUUUUAACACCAAUGAUCACUGAAGAGUAUUUAUGUAAACGUGUCGUGGGUGGGGGUUCCGAUCAGGGUGACGUAUGGGAUGGAUUCUCUUGCUGUGAUGCAAACAUGUAAAAUAAAGAUUCUCUGACGGAAAUGUA